AUGUUAGUUCAGCUAGUGAGACGGCCAAUUGCAUGGCGUCCGCUACUAUAUCCCACAUCCCAAUUGAGGUUCUACUCGACGGAUCUUGAAAAGUUAAAGAAGGAGUCAGACACCACGGAAUCUGAUAAUUCUGCCUCCACCACCGGAGUAAUUGAUAAGAAACAUAGUGAGGUGUUGUUGUACUACGACCACAUCUACCCAUUUACCGUCUCACACAAUCGACUCGCACAGUACUUGUCCAGGUUCACAUUCCCAUGGGUCAGAAAGUUUGAUGAUGAGAAAUUGAAACAGAAGGUAUGGAAUUUGUCGACACCUUUACCAGCUGGAUCCACUAUCACCGAGUUUGUUUCAUUGAAGAGAGACUCUGGAGUCUUUGUCAAGUUCAGCUACCCGCCUGAUGUGGAGGCCACGAAGUUCAUUGAGGAGAUUCGCCAGAACGUACGCAACAAUGAUGAGAAAAGAAGCAAUGCUAAUGUUGUAUCUCGUAUGUUGAGUUAUGUGUGGGGCACCGCUCCAAACGUGUAUUCUGUCAAAGGUGUGCCGUGGAUUGAGGAUAUGAAACGGUUCCCUAGCACCAAGAUCUCCGUCAAGUUUGAAGGGGACCCGUUGACGGAAGAAGAGUUGUAUGUGUUGUUCAGACGGUACGGGUUGAUUAACGAUAUCCAGCCUGGUCCAAGCGAAGCGUUUAUCUACUUCCAUAGCAUGUCGGCUGCUGUUUGUGCCAAACACUGUAUCACGGGUAUGCUGUUGAAUGGCGGCAAAACUGUUCUCCACAUCCAGUUUGUUCCUAUUCCUAGAAACAACUUCUUAGCGAAUGUGCUUUCCAACCAUACGAAGAUUGCUAUUCCAAUAUUGAUUGCCCUCUUGGCCACAUUUGCCGUUUUGAUUUUUGAUCCCAUCAGAGAAUGGUUUAUUGAGUACAAGAUACUCCACAGUGGUAAGACGUUUGAGCAGAUCAAGCAGAACAGAUGGUUCAAGUACUUGUACGUGCCUUACAGGACAAUCGUGGACUGGAUGUACAGUGGGUAUGACUAUAUCGACCAGCAAAUACACGAGGUGGCCCGUGUUACAACCAAUGGUGGUUCAUCGGACGGUGAGGAAGACGAUGGAAGUGGAGAUGGCCCGUCUGUGCGUGACAUGCAGAAGGAGAGCAGCAUGUUCUGGAUCGAGAGGUACGAGAAGUCUAAGCAGUUGCAAUUAUGGAUCAUGGAGAAUGCCAACACUUUUAUCGUAGUCAAGGGACCACAGGGGUCUGGUAAGGAGGAAUUUGUGUUGGACCACACGUUGAGCAGAGACGACAAGUUGAACAAGAAGGUGUUGGUCGUUGAAUGUGACAAAUUGGGCAAAUCUCGAUCAGACAACAACUUGAUCGAUACAGCAGCUACACAGCUCGGGUAUUUCCCAGUGUUCACAUGGACCAACACGGUUUCCAGGUUUGUUGAUUUGGGGGUCCAGGGGUUGACGGGACAAAAGUCUGGUUUGAGCGAGAGCAAGGAGACACAGAUCAAGAACAUGUUCCUGUUGGCAACACAAGCCAUCCGCAAGAUCACCAACAGUGAGUACAAGAAGUAUGUCAAGAGUGUGGAGCGCCGAAACAAGAGAUUGAAGGAUGACGAGAAGCUUGAAAUACUCCGUGAAGAGGACUUUUUACAACAGCGACCAGAAUCGAAACCGGUCAUUGUGUUGAACCAGUUUGCUCGCCGUGCAGAUGUCCGGCUGAACGACUUUGUUUACCCGUUGUUAGCUGAGUGGGCAUCGGGGUUGGUGCAGAACAACAUUGCGCAUGUGAUCAUUUUGACAGCCGACAUUGGGUCUGUCCAACUUUUGAACGAUGCUUUGCCCAACCAGGUGUUUAAGGAUAUUUCGUUGUCGGAUGCAUCAAUGACAAGCUCGAAACAGUAUGUUUGUGAUGCUCUCAAGAUCAAGGACACGGGUCCUUUAGAUGCCUGUCUUAAGCCGCUCGGGGGCAGAAUGUUGGACUUGCAGUCGUUUAUCAGACGGUUGAAGUCAGGAGAGAGUCCGGAACAAGCCGUCCAUGAAAUGAUCACACAAGCGGCUGAAUUGAUCACCACUUUCUUUUUAAGCAGCCACCACAAGUUUGGGGCUGGGGACAGCACAUGGAACGCUGCUCAGGUGUGGUUGAUCAUGAAAUUGUUGACCCAGUGUGAGACAAUCAACUUCCUAGAGUUGGUGAAACUGCCAUUGUUCAAGGCCAACAAGGAGACCAUAGAGACAUUGACGACAUUGGAGAAGUAUGAUCUCAUUUCACUUCAGCGUGACAAGGGGGUGUUGUCCAAGAUCUCGACCGGAAGACCGUUGUUCAAGGCUGCGUUUGAGAAUAUCAUUGGUGACAGACGUAUCUGGCAGUUGUAUGAGACUGAUUACAUCACAGCCUUGAUUGGUGUUGAAGUGACCAAGAUCCAGAAGAUGGAGGACGAGUUGGAGAAGAUUUACAAGAUUGGCAAAGUAGACGGCAGAAUAGAGUAUUUGUCAAAGAAGAUCGAAGCAUCCAGUGCCAAGAUCGUAGAGUAUGAAAAGAAGGCGGCAGAGGUAGCAGCCGACAGCCAAUCAAAGAACACAUCGUUUCUUGGGAUAAAGUUCUAA